GUAUGUACUUUCAAGUUAACGGUAGGUAACUUGUCCUAACACAAAACCUCUUAUUCUAUAACCUUCUCCGCUUCACCAUCCAGCGAGAGCUCACCGAGAGCUCACCGAGAGGUCACUGUGAGGUCACGAUCCUCAAGAAAAACUGGGAAAGUGCGAAGGAGCAUCCCCGCUCCUCCCCUCCUGUGACUCUUUGUUUGAAAGGUACCUGAGUUGAGUACCUUACCUGACCACCAGCUGCUCCGACUGAAAAACACAUCCCCGGCUUCAUUCUUUCGCGUCUUCGUGCAUUCACCUCCUGGUCCCGGACGUUCAACUCCAACCAUGUUCUCGAAGCCUCCCCUGCCGGCGGGCAGGGGCAGAACGAUGAAGCAGAACCAGCCGCAAGGGGAAUCGGGGGAAUCUGGCAAGGUCAAGGCCUUUCUAGAUUUCUGCGAAAGUCUGAAGCUUCGACUCGCCUCCUCCCGUGAUCGUCCCUCCGUCGAACCCCUUCUAGCCGAGCUUGUCGACGAGAUCCGGCAGCUUAACCGCCUAUCCAUCAAGCUGGCCACGAAGAAACGGUUGAGCAGAGACCUGGACAACCAUGCUCGCGAACUUUACAACGCUUGCGUCAACACCCAGCGGGCUGUCGUCCCCGAGGCGGUUAUCUCGACUAGGACGAAACUCCUUUUGCAGAGCCGCCACUUUGCCUUCCUGCUCAUGGCACUUGCCCACCCUCCGGCGUUCAUGAAUUCUCGGGAACUGCGCUUUGGAGACAUUGUGCAGUUGUUUUCUGUCGGGUUCAAAGUUUCCAGACUGGCUCUUGGUGCGUCAUGGACAGCGGUGAACGCUCUACAGAAAGUGGCCGAGUACAUCAGCCACUUGCCAACGCUUAAGAGAGAUCUCAGCUCAGACCAGGUAGCGCAGUGUCAGCAGUUGGAAGCCGAGUACCUCAUUUUGCGGACGGCAUUGGUUAGCUGGCCUUGCAUUGCUCCCAUCCCCCCUCUCUCUGUAUCGUACGGGAGAGCUGACAAGGUCCAGGCGUGGAAAGAAGACCGUCUAGAUGUCGCGGAGCAUAUGUACAACAAAACAGAAGGACUUCGCCGGGUCCUUGACCGCGCGUCGGCUGAACAUCUUGCCGAGGUGCUUUUCGAGAUGGGCAAAGACUUCUCCAUAAAAAAGGACUACACGAUGGGUGCGAAGUGGUUGGACCGCGCCUACGAAGUCAUCAACGUACCAGAACUCGAUCAAUUAACCAGGGAUGGCAUCGAGUUGCGACUGGUUAUCGCGCGUACCCUGGUCAAUGCCCUACUCCACACAGACAUCCCGGAGGAUUCAAAAGUGGCUUCGAACGUGAUUGAACACAUGGCGGUCGAAAUUGGGGAAAAGCCGGUCGUGCUGGUGCUUCGCCUCGAGGUUCUGCAACAGGCCCCGGCCGAACUGUUCGACGAAGCCGCCUAUGCCGAUAUUCUCAUGCGCAUGAUCCGGACAUUCAACUUCUCGGACGCCUUCUUCAGGCUCAUUGACCAUCAUAUCGGGAAGCUCUACCGAAGGUCACCCACCCUCGGGUGCAGCGCCAUGGAUGAGUGGUUAAAAAGCCAACUCAUCAAGUCCCAACGACACGAGUGGAUCCAACGAGCCCUUCUACGCCGAGUCUCCAUGGCCGCGAACCAAGAGGACACGGGGCAAGCCAUUCGUUCUCUGGGCACUCUCAUGGAGAGCCUUUACGGAAGCCUGGGGAAACCCGUAGACAGUGCCACUGCUGUGGCCGCUGUGACACUCCUCUGGAACAAGGUCAACGUCACCUACGGGCAGGAGAAGUUCGAUCUCACCGAGGGCUGGCUCCACGUGGCAGCGCACGAACUCUUCCUCAACGUCGGCCCAGCCAACCAUGCGAAGAUUGGACGCAAGUCCAUCUUGUGCAGUCUCCAAAGAAAUGACUGCGGAAAGGCGAAAGACGUGUUCCUUGCACUGGAUGAGUCUGCGCGGAACGAGCCAGUGACACGCUACCUCAUGUACAAGGUCGCAUUGCAGACGUCGGACACGGAAAUGGCGGCCGAAUGUCUCGAAUGUGUCUCCAGAAUGGCAUCGAGGGAUCCUAAGCUCCUUUACGCGUGCAUGCAGGCCGCUCAAAGGGUAGGAGACAGGAUGCGGGCAUACCAAGCCAUGAGACUCUUACUCGAGAGGAACGACGACUCGGACCAGAUUUAUCGCCCCGCGCUUUUGCGUUCCUCCAUUCGUUGCAUAGUCGGAAUCCUAGACGCCAAGAACGAAAGACCGGUGUGCGGGGAAGAUCUCGUGGAGGAUAUCUGCAGAUCGUUCGAGACAGCAGUACAGGACAUCGGGAAAAGUCCGAAAGACGCAGGAGGCCGGCAGCUCUACACCGUCAAGGAACUCGACUGGUUCUGUAAGAACGGGUAUAACAUCGGGGUCAGACACACGAACGACUGGGACCUCCAACAUCUAGUCCGCAUUCUGGGCUCCUGCCUUGCGCUGCAUGAACACUACCCACCAGACCUCCCAAGCGAGCAUGCGGGCGAUAUUACACUCCGGUCCUUAUUCUGCCGCUUCAUAAUCGCGUCGGCCCAGAUGGCGAUGGCUCGAGUCGAAGACAACCGAGAAAAACAGCUGCAGGCCUACCUUGCUGUACGGUAUCAAGUGGCGGAGUUUGACGAGGAGUUUCAGAAAGGUCGAAACAGCCUGGACGAGAUUAUAGCGACGGAUCUCCUGGGCAAGCUUGCCGUCCUUCUCGAAUUUGACUUUGAGGCGACAAUCGGACUCGGGAAUUUCGGCGAGCUUGGCGAGGUGGUCCAAAAGGCAAUAGACUGUAAGAGCGUACGGACGUUCAAAGCUAUGGCGGAUUGCCUCUUGAAGGGAUCGGUGCCGCCGCGUGAGCUGUACCCGCAGAUGAGGCGGGUCAUCAACCAAAUUUGGAAUCUCGAGCGUUUCGACUGCGGUCGAUUGGCCAAGUACAUCCGAUGUCUCUUCCAAGCGGUGUUGCCACUAGAGGAUCAUCUAGGGAAGCAACUCCUCCGGGAAGCUAUCGACAAGGUCAAGAUCUCCGCAGAGAGCGGUUCUCCAUUCCCGUCGGAGGAAAUUCACUGGCUUGUCGCUGUGGCCUUCAACCAUGGCGUAACGAUGUACUCUCUUGGAGAGGACGAAGCGUGCCGGAGUUGGGCGGAGCUCGCGAUCGAGCUGGCGCAGUAUGCCGGGGACGAAGGGAAGUUAGAGGAGCAGAUACGGACGAACUAUCUGAAGCUGAGAACGAGCUCGGAGAGCGGUGGCUGACGGCGCGGCCGGCAAAAACUCCUAUCGACUAUUACCAAAUUUGAAGGUGCAGAGAAUCGAGAAUCCUCGGCGACGGAGGCGUUUCUUGCC